AUGCUGCUGGGAGCUUCCAGUCUGACUGGUUUCUUUGGUAUACCCGUAAGGGCCAAUGGCGCAUCAGCUCACCAGGACAAGAAUGAAGAGAGAUUUAUUGCGCGUCGGCGGCCUACGCGCUCGCGAACUCGAACGCGCUCUCGUAAUGCCUCCAGGAUGAUUGACCAGACGGGCUCAAUAAGUGGCACUUCGGCAGGCUGGACGAGGUACUCUCCCAAAAAUCACCCUCUUUCGCCACAGAACCUACUGAAACGUGGUUACCAUACUUUUACAUGCUUUCAAAUGCCAUUUCGAGUAAAGAAACGCUACACAUUAGUACGCGAACUGGGCAUUGGCUCUUACGGUUGUGUCGCAUUGGCUUACGACAGUGAGACGGACCGUCAUGUGGCUAUCAAAAAAAUGACUCGCUUCUUUGGAAAAGAUGUGCUCACGCGCAGAGUUCUUCGCGAGGUGGUAUGUUUGCGUCAUUUGUUAGACUGCCCUAAUAUUGUGGAAGUGAUUGAGUUUGAUGUCUCGUUCAUUGAGUUUAACGAGGUGUACUUGGUCCUCUUAGCUUGUGACGCCGAUAUGUUCCAAAUCAUCCGCUCAACACAGGAGUUGACGCAUUCGCAUAUCAAGUAUUUUCUUGUCCAGCUUCUACGAGCAGUGCAUUAUAUGCACACUGCCCAUAUUGUUCAUCGAGAUUUGAAGCCGAGCAAUCUCCUUGUCAAUGCAAACUGCACUCUUUGUGUUUGUGACUUUGGAAUGUCGCGAGCCUUUGACUCUGAUAAUGCAGAAUAUCUCGAGAAGUUAGCUUCAUUGGGCGAUCCUCGUACGUGGGACGCAGCGUUCAAGAACUUCGAUUCGGGUAUGCGUGAAUCUUUCUAUGUCAAUUCUAUCGAUAUUACUCCGGCUAAAGAGGUGUCACUUCGUACUGACCCUUCUGACCAUAAUACUUUCCUGCGCUUUGCGACAGUCAUGUCGGACGAUGAAAAGCAAGAAGGAUCCCUUCCAGAAAUGUCCAACCCUGUCCACUAUCCUGGUGCUCCUCUUACUGAUUAUGUUUCCACCCGUUGGUACCGAGCUCCUGAAAUUAUGCUAUGUUGCCAUGGCGGCUAUGGACCGGCCAUGGACAUGUGGAGUGUGGGGUGUAUUUUGGCCGAGUUACUUGGACGUACCCCUGUGUUCCCUGGCUCUGAUUAUGUGGACCAACUCGCUCGCAUUCACAAAGUGCUUGGGAAUCCACCCGAAUCCAUCAGGGCGAGUGUUGGCUCGGAGCGCGCGAAAGAGCAUUUGGAGGCUAUGGGAGACAGCCCUGGUAUACCAUGGUCACAUAUAUACCCUGACGCGCCUGAGCAAGCGCUAGAUCUUUUGUCCCGUAUGUUGCAAUGGGACCCGCAAAAGCGAAUCACCGCGGGUGAAGCACUCUCGCAUCCUUGGCUCCGGCGUUAUCGUGAAGCGUCGUAUUCAGCCAAAACGGCUCAGCCUUUUACACGCUUUGAUGAUCUUGAGUACAUCUUCACCCCGUCUGAAUUCAAGCGGGCAUUUGAAGAAGAAAGUGCUGCUAUUUUACGGGUGUUUAAGAUGGCGCAAAAAGAGCUUUCUCCUUCAAAAACAACAUCUAGCAUACAGUCGUCGUCUUCCACGUGUCACAACGAUGUGUCUGUAUACGAGUCUGAUACUCAUACGUAUAUGGAGACCGAAAAUGGUCGCGUAACGCCCUCUAGUGAGGAUGAUCCGGCGCUCUCGCUAGCGCCCAACUCGGCAUAUGACUUGCCUUCUGGUGUCAACUCUUCCAUUAUUCCUGGCUCGAUGAUGUCGAACAGACAGAGGGGGUGUGCCUCUUCUCACAGUUUAUCGGAUUCUGAACAACGCGAUCAGAAAAUGCAGAAGAGAACCGACAAGCUCGAGGACACUCUUUUCAAUCGGGCAUGUGCUUUUAUUGGAUGGUCCUAA